CGCCCCGAGCCCCAGACGGCCGCCAUGGUGAGCGAGGCCGCCGACGCCGGCAUCGAGCGCGUGCUGUGGACGGAGGCCGAGGUCGCGGCGCGGGUCGCGGAGGUCGCCUCGGAGCUCGCGGCCGACCUCCGCCGGCUCCCGGACCCGGCCGUCGUCGUGGGCGUCGCCACGGGGGCCUUCCUCUUCCUCGCCGACCUGGUCCGCCGCGUCGACGCGCCGCUCGCCGUCGACCUCGUGCGCGUCGAGUCCUACGGCGACGGCACCGAGUCCAGCGGCCGGCCCAGGGUCACCGCCGACCUCAAGGUCGACGUUGCCGGGAAGCACGUCGUCGUGGUUGAAGAUAUUGUGGACACAGGGAAUACUGUUUCCUGUCUUAUCGCUCAUUUACAAAAGAAAGGAGCAUCAUCCGUAUCAGUUUGCACUUUCCUUGACAAACCAGCAAGAAGGACAGUCAAUUUUCAGCUAGUGGGGGAUGGAAAAUUCUAUAGAGGCUUCGAGUGCCCUGAUAGCUUUGUUGUUGGCUAUGGUAUGGAUUACGCCGAGCUGUACCGGAACCUGCCUUAUGUUGGAGUUCUGAAGCCUGAGAUGUACAACAAGAAAACAAGCAAUUAGACCGGAGGGCCGGCAAUACUCACAAGACUUGCAAGAUCGCCGUAAUUGAAGGAUUACAAAAAAGUGGGUUUAAUAUUUUUGGCAACUGGUAGUUAAGUUUUUUGUAUAAAAAGAAGCAUACAACCUUUCUCCAUAUUGGGCAGAGGGAAAUAUCCCGUUUCUCUGAACAGCAUAACAGGAAGAUACCUUCACAUUUUGCCCAUACCGCAAUCAGGAAGAAAAAUCUGUGUGGUGGUAGGACAUGUUAUCUCUUCGAUAUACUUUGUGUGAGUGGAGUACUCAGCUCACACCUGGUUAAAAAAAUCGAGUUGCAGAAAAGGAAAUAAUAGGAGUGAUUGUACUAUUUCAACAUCUUGUCUCAUUGGCUAAACAAAAAGAAUUUUAAGGAUCUUCUGCUCA